AUGGCCCCCAAGCACGACCUGGUGGAGCUGGCAAUGCGCUCGGCGGCCGAUUUAGGGACCGGCCAAUAUUUCAUUUCCAUGAGAAUCGGAACACCACCAAAGAAGUUUUUAAUGUUGGUGGAUACAGGCAGCGAUCUUACAUGGAUUAGAUGCAACAAUCGAAACAAUAACUGUUCCAAAGACGGGGAGUCGCGGGAGAGGAUUUAUCAUCCUAAUGAAUCGCGUACCUUUCGGCCCAUCCCAUGUUCCUCAAGCUAUUGCAGAAACGAGCUCGUGCCUUUUAACUCCUUGAAUGAUUGCCCUAGGCCAGAUGCUCCAUGCAGGUACGAUACUCAGUACGUAGAUGGCCAAAGCGUGAGCGGAACCUUCGGCAAUGACACCAUUACAAUCAAGAUGAGAGGAAACGAAAAGGUGAAACUAGAGAAUAUAACCAUCGGGUGUUCCGAGUCAAUAAGCUCACACAAUUUCGAACUCGACGGUUUAUUAGGAUUAGGCUGCAUCCUUCAGUCCUUCACAGGGCAAGCAAUAACACGGUACGAGAAGAAAUUCUCCUACUGCUUGGUGGAUCAUUUGAGCCCCAGUAAUCUAGCCAACUUCCUUGUCUUCGGCAGCGGAGAUAAUCAACUCCCGAACAUACAAGAGACGGAGCUGCUCCUCGGUGCAUGGUACUGGAGCACACAUUAUCAUGUAAAUGUCAGCGGCAUCUCACUCGACGGCAAAAUGCUUGAUAUCCCAUCAGAUGUGUGGUUAUACAAUCCUCGUGCUAGACAAGGUGGGAUGAUUUUGGACACUGGUACAUCGUUAACGGCCCUCGCCGCACCGGCAUACGACAAAGUCAUGAAAGGUCUUAUUCCUUCUAUAUCCAGAUUCCAGAGAGAGACUAGAGAAUGGCCUGGUCAAAUGCCGGGACAAUGUUUCAAUUCUACGGGGUUCGAGGAGACUAUGGUGCCUAGACUGGCGAUUCAUUUCGCAGACGGAGCUAAGUUCAAGCCGCCGGUGAAAAGUUAUGUGAUCGACGAAGUAAUCGGGAUUAAGUGCCUUGGGUUUAUCAAGUUCGAUUGGCAUGAGGUUUCCAUUAUUGGCAAUAUCUUACAACAAAAUUAUUUCUGGGAGUUCGAUAUUUGGAACCAGAAGUUAAGAUUCGCUCCUUCUAGCUGCACAUUGAAUUGA